AUGGCGCUAUUGAAUGAAGUAGCAAUAUGACCUUACAAGGGAAUUAUAUUGCUCGUGUGUAUGACUACAUAGCUACCAACCCCCGUACAUAGAACGUGGGAUACUUUACCCUAUGAGGAAGGGAAACAUAAUGUCACAAAACCGCAUGUCCGUGUACGCUCGAUCGCUAUACACGCCCACCCGGGCAACGCACUCCCCUAUGCGCGCGCCUCCUGGGUAUAAAUAUCGGCGCGGGGAGCACGUUCCCCACGAAACUGUGUGGACACGCACUGCAACAGGAUAGCGAGCUACAGCUGUGGAAAUAUUCUGGCAAUGCGAAGCAUCAUCCUUUCAGGAUUUCUACUGCUGUUAGCAGUGUGUGCUGCAAAGGAUAUCCUUCUGCAUGCAGAAACAGUGAGUGACUUUGAGACAGUCUUCCCCGAAGUUAUUCAAGGGAGUCGACAUGUACGAAGUGCGAACACAGAAGAGGCCGAUAAAGAAAUGAUUGUCAGAAUCAAGAAAGAAAAUGAGAACCUUACCCUUCACUUAUUACUGAAUGAUAAAUUGGCUCCAAACUUCACCUCAAUUUCAUACGAUGAAGAUGGAAAUGAAAUCAUCACUACUGGUAAGGCCAACUGUUACUACCAAGGAAAAGUGGAGGAACAUCCGAAAUGGGUUGUCGUUAUGAAUACCUGUGGUGGACUCAAGGGUUUCUUUGGGGACAUGAACAACAAAUCCGAGUAUUUCCGCCUUGCACCUGUAUCAAAAUCAGCCACCACACUGGAUGAGCCACACAAGCUGAUAGCUGAAACCCAAACCGAAGAAGACAGCGGAACUUGUGGCACCGAAGACCACAGUGAUUCUGACACAAUCGCCGACCAUUUGGAGAGUCUCGCGAGCGACAUUGAGAGGGUUCGUCGCCAGUCACCCACAGGAGACUAUAUUGUAGAGAUGGCAAUAAUCAAUGAUAACAGACAAUACAAUUAUCAUGGAAGAAAUCUUUCCGCUACGGUUCAGAAUGCACUUGAUGUGGUCAAUGCAGCUGACCUGCUCUACAGACGACUGCGUGUUCGAGUUGUUGUUGUUCAUGUCAUCACGUGGACAAGUGGUGACAGGAUCAGUAUAGUUGCAGACCCACAAACUCUACUGGACAGAAUGAGAAGCUUCAAGAGAUCGGUUUCCCAGCCUCAUGAUGCCAUGAUGCUUAUAACUGGUCAAGAUCUGUCCGGGAGCACAGUUGGAAUUGCCUACCUCAACACAAUGUGUGGCAGUGCAUCAGUAGGAGUUGUGCAGGACGCUAGACGCUCUACCAGCUCGGCUGCCAGCACUUUUGCCCACGAACUGGGUCACGUACUUAACCUCCAACACGACACCAGUGGGUGCAGUUGCAGUGAUCGCUCUGGUAGGUGUGUGAUGGCCGCAGUUUCAGGGUUUCCGGCUCCUGAGCUGUGGAGUUCCUGUAGUACAAGUCAGCUCCGUUCGUCCCUCACAAGAGCCUCAAACAACCUCGGACGAUGUCUGGAGAACGAGCCACUUACAACCAUCGGCGACCCUGUCUGUGGGAAUGGCAUCCGGGAAGGAGAUGAAGUUUGUGAUUGCGGAAGUCCCCAGGAAUGUGACGAUCCUUGCUGCAAUCCCAGAACUUGUCGCCCGAGGGAUGGGGCCCAGUGCACCAAAGGAGAAUGCUGCAGUAGCACUUGCCAGUACAAGGCAUAUGGCACAAGGUGUCGCAGCUCCAGCGGACAGUGUGACAUUGAAGAGUACUGCAGUGGAGAGUCUUCAGAGUGCCCGGUAGAUGUCUACCGACAGGAUGGAACAACAUGCAACAGCAACCAGGCUUACUGCUUCUCUGGAGUGUGUCAAACUUACGAUGAUCAAUGCCAGUACCACUUUGGCACAGACAUGGGUGUCAGUCAGUGCUACACAUCCUACAAUCCCCAAGGGAGCGUUUUUGGCAACUGCGGUCACACGACAACGGACUACAUCCCUUGUUCGCAGAGUGAUGCCAUGUGUGGACAGCUUUUCUGCGAUCCUGGGAACUACCAGCAAAGAGUUAGCGGAGUUCGAGUCACAAUUGUGACAGUGGGUGUCUUUGCAAAUGGACAGCGGAGGGAUUGCCAGGGAUUUACUACUCAACCUGGUACCGAUAUGCUCAGCCCUGGCCUUGUUAAAGAUGGCACCAAGUGCAGGGAUGGCCAGUUGUGCUACAAUCAAAGAUGCACACAAGUUUCAGCUAUUCCAGGGAUAAGAGCCUGUCCACAGGCAAAUGGGAGGGUCUGCUCAGGAAGAGGGGUGUGUAAUAAUCGCGGGCAGUGCAGUUGCAACGUUGGAUUCAUUGGAUCAGCCUGUCAGACUUCAUCAGGUGGACCUUCCGUCAAUGAAUGUGAGAAUGGCCAGCACAACUGUGACCAAGGAUGUGUGGACACUGAAGAGUCUUUCUUCUGCACAUGUAACAGUGGAUUCACUCUAGCGAGCGAUGGACGCACUUGUAACAUUGACUGUGGUGGUAGCCUUACAACAGCCAGUGGAAGCUUCUCCUCCCCUGGAUAUCCUAACAGCUACCCAGCUGAAGGGGUUCAGUGUGAGUGGACCAUUGAAAUACCAAACACAAGGGGCACAGUUGAGUUCACUAUUGACGAUUCGGUUUUUGGGAUUAACGGAAACCCAAAUGGAAAUCCUCCAUGUGCCACUGACCACAUCGAAUUCUUUGACGGAACCAGCAGCAAUUCAGCAUCUCUUGAAAAGAUUUGUGGUCUCGCUACAUUUUACCCUCAAGGACUACAGCCCAUUGUUACUUCUUCUUCAAGGGCUAAAGUAGUGUUCACUGGAAGUAAUCUAGCACGCCCUGCAAGCCGUGUGGGUGUGAGAGUGACCUACAGAACAGUGUCUUCACAACAAAAUGAGUGCCAGGUGAACAAUGGAGGCUGUGCCCAUAUCUGUAGAGAUACAGCCCAAUCGUUUGAGUGCAGUUGCAGGGCAGGAUACAUUCUUGGCUCAGACAGACGGUCUUGCACAGACGUGAAUGAAUGCAGUUCGAACAAUGGAGGUUGUGAGCACAACUGCCAAAACACUCAGGGUAGCUUCAGAUGCACAUGCAACAGUGGAUUCACACUUAACAGUGAUCAGAGACGUUGCACAGGUCAGUGGACGCACGCACGCACUCUAGCCUUAAGAACAUACAUUGAAAGAAGUCAUUUAAUUGUAGAUAUCGAUGAGUGCACAAGAGGUACAGACAACUGUGCCCAGCGGUGCACAAACACGCCUGGAUCAUUCACAUGUUCAUGCAAUGCUGGAUACAGGCUGGCAAGCAAUAGACUAUCUUGCAACGAUAUUAACGAGUGCUCUGAGAGUUCUGACAACUGCGCUCAACGGUGCACCAACACUAUUGGGUCCUUCACCUGUUCAUGCAAUGCUGGUUACACUCUGUCAAGUGACAGAAGAACAUGCAAUGAUAUCAAUGAAUGUACGGCUGGGUCACACAACUGCGAACAGAGAUGCACGAACACUGCUGGCUCCUUCACAUGCUCCUGUAACUCUGGUUUCACACUGGCGGUAGAUGGAAGGUCCUGCAUCGAGGAUUCCACUGAGCCCCUUUGCGGAGGCCGGCUUACAGCUUCAAGUGGCAGCUUCCAGACCCCAGGAUGGCCUACUAGCUACCCAAACGACAACUUCCAAUGUGAAUGGAUCAUCGACAUCCCCAACAAUAGAGCCAGUAUUGAAUUCAGAAUUGACACAUCGGCUUUCGGGAUCAACGGAAGGUCUCCUUGUGCCACUGACAAUAUCCAGUUCUUUGAUGGAACUGGGAAUGGUGGCAACUCCUUGGAAAAGAUCUGUGGUCUCAUGAGUUUCAAUGGCUUUACUGACCUGAUCACCACUACCGGAUCUGAAGCUAGAGUCGUUUUCAUGGGUACUACCAAUUAUCGUUCAGCCAGUAGAGUUGGGGUGAAAGUUGACUACAGAACGAUAUCUGCACCAACAACACCAUCAGUGAACGAAUGUCUUCAGAACAAUGGAGGAUGUAGCCAGAUCUGUACUGAUACUGUAGACUCCUUCAGAUGCAGCUGUAAUAGCGGCUAUACUCUUGCAUCAGAUGGAUCAACCUGUGCUGAUGUUAACGAGUGUGCUACAAACAAUGGAGGGUGUCAGCAGAACUGCUUCAACUUCUUGGGGUCAUUCACUUGCUGGUGUAACAGAGGAUACCGCUUGGAUAGAGACAGAAGAACCUGCAAUGAUGUGAAUGAGUGCUUGGAAGGACUGGACAACUGUGACCAGGUCUGCGUCAACACUCGUGGUUCCUACACUUGUUCUUGCAACAAUGGAUUCACACUGGAUGCCAACCAGCGGACAUGCAAUGAAGACGCAACUCAACCUCCAGAAGGUUCCUGUGGAGGCCGACUCACUGCUUUUAGUGGAAGCUUCCAGUCACCAGGGUGGCCCACCGCCUACCCUCAGAAUAACUUCCAAUGCGAAUGGAUCAUUGAUCUUCCUGAUGACAAUGCUGUGAUUGAAUUCAGAACAGAUGAGUCGGCUUAUGGCAUCAACGGACGACUGCCAUGUACCAGAGACUUCAUUGAAUUCUUCGAUGGAGCGGACAGCUCAUCCAGGAGCCUCCACAAAACCUGUCAGUACUUUGUACCACCUGUCAUCAGAACAUCCUCCUCGAGAGCUAGAGUUGUGUUUGCCGGUACUGUCAACAGUAAUCGUCCUGCCGGGAGGGUCGGAGUGAGGGUCACUUACCAGACAAUCUCCUCUCCAAGACAAGCACCUGCAGCACCUACUGAUUCAACAAUUACAACAGUCAAUCUUAGAGAGCCAAUCACCAAUUUCUCUUCUAUAGGCAAUCUGUGUGGAGGUGAACUGACUGGAGCCAGUGGCAGCUUCCAGACAGAUGGAUGGCCAAAUUCUUAUAGACAAGAGAACUUUCAGUGUGAAUGGAUCAUUCGACUACCAAACAGUGGUGCCAGGAUAGAGUUCACCAUCGACAAUUCAGCAUUUGGUAUCAACGGACGUCCUCCAUGCACUUCAGACCACAUUGAGUUCUUUGAUGGGACCAACAGCAAUGCAAACUCGCUCCAAAAGAUCUGUGGCUUUGAAAGAUUAUACAAUGGACAACUUCCCCAUGUCACCACCACCUCUUCAACGGCAAAAGUAGUGUUCACUGGAACUGAAAUAUCCAGUCGCCCAGCAAGUCGAGUAGGAGUUAGAGUGACUUAUCAUACAGUUUAA